AUGGCUUCAACGUCGAAAGCCUCUGAAGAUCCUGGUCGCUUCCUCCCCCAGCGUGGGUUUGGUCCCGAUGUCAACUUCGACACCAUCGCACAAUACCAUCCAUUUCUUUUCCGUGUUUACACUCCAAGAACUCUUUCUCCGCUGAAAGAUGAUACCCUCUUUUUUGUUGGAGCGCAGUUCGAUGCAAAGUUUGCUCCGAGAACGCCAGUUCUAUCCGGAAUGCAUGUAGAGGAUGGCAUAUCAUUAUUCGACACAGUCACAUACGAGGACUGUACGACACACCUUGACUGGGCAACGAGGUCCAGUUCUCCCUUCAUCUCAACGUCUUUUAGCUUUGGAUGGUCGUUAUGGGAUGCUGUGAGGAGAUAUAACAAUGGGAUGAAACACGACGUCGAAAUUGCGAUAAUUGAUGCUAGAGCGUUAGCUAGGCAAGCGGUCACAGCUGUUCAGCUUCUUAGGAAGAAACCAGCCAAGGAGCAACACAAACUACACUGUCGUUGGUACCGAUUUGCGCAAGAAUCCCAGUCUGUACUUGUGCACGGAUUUAUCCCUCGCUCGGCCGUGCUCGCUUCAAUCCCGUUGUUAUCGAUCAUCCCCAACCUGCCUUCCUACUUCUUGAAGCCCAGUGUUCUCCGAUCAGGUGGCGAUGGUGGGCUCACGCCUUUAGCUUGGGACUUCGCGGACACCAGACGAUGCACAUACAGGAAAUUCUGUCUCGACCUUCAAGCUCGAUUCUCCCGGCUGCCUUUCCACUCGCGUGUCCGUGAUUUAGCUGUUGGGUCAGCUCGCCUUGCGAUUGCCAUGCUUCAUCCUUGGUUUCAAGCAAUGGUUUUACGUGAGGAUCCAACGCAUUUUGAACUGGCUAUUACGAGAGCAAGACAAUUGGCAGGACUUAUUGCUCAUUGGCCCGAACAAACCGGUUCUCGAGAUUAUGCGGAGAUGCAAGGGGUCAUUAAGGGAUUGAUCACCUUGAUAGCCGAAGAAGUCCGAUCGUCCAAUUUACGCAGUAGUCGUUUGAGAGAAGUCACAGCAAGUGAAGUGGAGAGGCUGAAAGCUAUUGUUGUCGAUUUGGAAGAGGUUGUUCGUGGCCAGGCAAUCGUCAUUGCACAGAAUGCCGAUCGAGCCAGUCCCAAUAGCCAGACGGAUGUUUCUUCCUCCCCAGAGCCAGAAAGUAUCGUUCAAACACAACCAUUACUUGUGGAAACGUUCAAAUCUGAAUGCCCUACGGAGACCUCGCCAACCUCUUCCAUAUCACCUCAGGAUCGAACGACAACUCUGAAGUUAUUGAUACCGGCUAUGACGCCGCGGUCGAGAUCCCAGUCACCCUCCGCCUCAUCGUCCAGCGGGUCUUCUUCAUUAUCGCCCGUUACUCCCUCACCUCCCUCGUCCCUCCAUUCUCCGACCCCGAUCAAGCUUACGUCCGUUCCACAUUUCAUUCAUCAUUUCGACGAUGUGUUGUCAACUUCUGGGAGCUCCUCACGGAGAUCGAGCCGAUCUUUUGCUUUGUCAGCCCCUCCGUCUCCCACUCUCGAGGAGACAGCCCCAUUUCCAUCUCCACCGUUACCUGUCCGACCGUCAUCCGCUCCACCAGGGGCUACUAAAGAAGAUCCCGAGAUCUUGCCUCAGUUGAUCCCUCUUCCCAGUUCGCCUCAUGAGCCGGUAACACCGUCGCCACUCCAAAUAUCUAUUCCAAUACCCACAACUGUACAUUCUUCGGAGCCCAUUACAUCUUCGUCGCGGUAUUUUACUGCCGUCUCAGAAGAAGAGAACAAGUUCUCCCCUUUCUCCCCGUUCUUUAUCAUUGGAAUGGAUUAUUUCCCGGAUGACGAUGAUGCUGGGGAUGAGAUUUCUGCUUUUGCUUCUCCUUCACCUUCGUCAUCGUCGUCGACGUCGUCCUCAUCUUCGAUUUUCUUAUCCGAUGCUUUGUCGUGUGCUGUUACGGGGUUCUUGUUUGGAGCGGUGCUCACGAUUUAUAUUUUAUCGUCGCAGCGCAGGACGUUGUUGACGCAUUUGACCUAG